UCUAGGCGGGACAAAUGGUCAGACUGAUCAAAUAAACUUUUUUUUACUGACUAGGAAACGGCCACAUACAACUUUUCCUCAGCUAUGCAUCAAAAGCGGGUUGUUUUCUCUUUUUUAUUCAUUUUCGGUUACUUUAAUACGACUUUUAAUUUUUAAGUUAAUGUACAGAAGUGUUGGAUGCGGUAUUAUUGGAGACCUGGAACUAUAUAACUUACGUGUAAUACCAACCUGUACAGUAUUACUAUGGAUUUAUGGGCACGACUGAUGUCGAGUAGUAUGUGAAAGUGGUACAUUUCUCUUUUUGGGUGGAAAAUGUCCAGUACAUUAUCAGAAGGUCAAAAGCUAAUCAGGAAACCUUUAAGAAGUCCAUUCAAGGAAAGAUCAGAAAAUGACACGGGGCAUGUUUUUGUGGAGCCACAAACACCACUAAAAAACUCAAGUAAGGCUUCAGAAGCCGCGUUACUGGAGAGCCAUAAGAACAUGGGGCCCCUGACAACACCUACUAAGGGCCUUGAGGCACCGUCAAGCGAUCCCUGGACACCUACCUCCAACCUGAAGAUGCUCAUCAGUGCAGCCAGUCCUGAGAUUCGCAACCGUGAGAAAGAGCGAGCCGUAGACAGCGGCGAAUCGGAAAACUCCCAGGAGCCUGAACAAGGGGAAGAAGUAGAAAAGCUCCAGACAAGCCGUAAAGACAAAAGCCUGGGUUUGCUGUGUUACAAAUUUCUUGCAAGGUACCCAAACUACCCCAAUCCUGCUGUAAACAACGACAUCAGCCUUGACGAUGUGGCGACAGAACUAAAUGUGGAGCGACGUCGCAUCUACGACAUCAUGAACGUUCUCGAGAGCCUAAACAUGGUCAGCCGACUGGCUAAGAACCGCUACACGUGGCAUGGCCGAGUGAAACUUGCACAGACACUUGCCAUACUGAAACGGGCCGGCAAAGAGAACCGCUACGACCAACUGAUGCAGCAGAUCCGUCAAAGAAGCCUAGAGCGAGAAGAGGGAGAGUUUGAGUUUAACGGAGAGGAGAAGGAGAAUGAAGAAAUGUCCGGUUUUGAUAUGGAUGGAGACUCUAGUCAAGCAGAGCUUUCAGGAGCAGAUCCUAAAGCAGCUUCGGCCAACAGUCGAAAAGACAAAUCUCUGAGAGUGAUGAGUCAGAAGUUCGUCAUGUUGUUCCUGGUGUCCAGCCCUCCUGUGGUCAGUCUCGAAAUAGCCGCCAAGAUCCUCAUCGGUGAAGAUCACAUUGUCAAUCAGGACAAAAACAAGUUCAAAACUAAGAUCCGCAGACUUUAUGACAUUGCAAAUGUUUUGAGCAGCCUAGAGCUGAUAAAGAAAGUGCAUGUGACUGAGGAUAGAGGAAGAAAGCCUGCUUUCAAGUGGACUGGGCCAGAAGACUUACCAUCUCCAAAGGAUCUGGGGACCUCAACUUCAACAGCAGCAUCACGGCCUCUGGAGUCCCGUUCCUCUGUUGACAACUGUGCCAAAAAUCUCUUUUCCUCACCCGGAACAAAGCGAGGUUUUACUCGACAUCAUUCCUUAGUCAAGCUGGUCAAGAGUAUACAAGAUGACCGCAGAAAAAUCAACUCUGCUCCUUCUAGUCCGAUUAAAAUGACAGGUGAAUCUGCAAACGGCGAAUUCUACACAAACAAAAUGGCUCACCUGGCUGCUAUCUGCAAAAAGCAACUAGAUGAACAAUCAACGGGCCAUCGUAUUCAGCCUAAGAAUGAGGUGACAGACGCUCUGAAUGGAAGCACUACACUGGUAUAUGAACUACCUGAAUCCACGUCUGCUAGCAAUCAUCAGUCUCACAGGCCUUUGCGAAUGCAGAUCCCAGUUCUUCCCACAGGGGCGAUUCCUUAUCUUUCUACCAAGUGCUCCCCGAUCAUCCCGGUUCUGAUACCCCAGCACCAGGCAGGCGGGUCAUAUGCUGUUUACAUGCACCCCACUUCUCUCAGACCGCAGCCCACUAGCCUAGCAGUCCGUUCGAUGACAUUUGAGAGCCCAGGAAGUGCAAACACAAAGACAUCACCGGCUGCCACAGCUAGCAGUAACCAAACCAACCAACCAUCAUUACACAGUAAAGAGCCGACAAGUCCCUCAACCCUUAAACGAGCAUGUGGAGAAAAGAGCUUAGCAGGAAGUCCAUCUAAACUGCAGCGGAUAGAGCCAAAGAUUGUUUCACCAAAGCUGUGUGAGAUUCUGCAAGCUCGUCUAAAAGCCCAUAGAGGGGCUUUUGCCCCCAACCGGCCUUCCCCGAGAGCCCUGCACCUGGAGUUCUCCAAACCCUCUGAGAACCAGCCUCCCUCACUAAUCACCAGCACAGCGCCUCUGGAGCACAGCGUGGAGACCUUCCUGGAGAAGGAGGAGAAGGUUCAGACUUCAGACAAUGAGGCCGGACUGACACCUGUCAGACCACCACAAUCACAGGCCCAGAAGCUCAGCGUUCAGAACAUGGUGCUGCCAUCUGGACCCAUACAUACAGAGACUUUGAUCCCCGCAGGUUAUUUGAUUCCGAUCUCCCAGCAGUCUAUCAUGAAAUUCAGAGAUCCCCAAUGCUCCACUGGAGAAAGCUCCAAAGCCUCCACACCAACAUACAAUGUCUAUCACACCCCAACUGCAGGUUCCAGACAUCCACUUCCUCAAGAAGUCACCCCCACUCGGCUCCCUCUCCACCGGAUACCGUCCGUCUCUCCCUUCCAUUCUCAAGGGCAUCGCAUCCACAGCCCCAGUCCUGCCAUUCUCAACUUCACCCUGCAGAACCUGGGCCUUAUCCCCGGCACCAGCACACCAAACUCCACUCCUGAGCAGGCCAGCAUGCUUCCGUCUCCCCACCCAGGGCUCCCUCCACAGAGCAUGAUCUUUGUGAAGCCCAUCUCACCUGCCCGAGCUCUGCAGCCGGCCUCCAUACACGGGCAGCCCUUCACCCUCAUCAGCAUACCACAGCCUUUAAUAACCACACCUGAAGGUGCCUGUCAACACCUCCAGCAGAGUUUCUUUCACACGCCCGUCUCCUUCCCUACUGUAACCAACACUGCGGCUCCCAGAAACAUCUACAUCCCUCAGAGAAAGCUUGAUGUGAGUCCAGAGGACACCUAAGACCUUCACACUGACGAUCAUCACACCUGCAGUCCUUGCGCUGCUAAAAAAACACUGUUCUGUUUGAGCCAUUGUGUGUGCUUGUUAUUUGUCUUUGAGUGUUUUUUUAUGUUUUCCUCUUUUUAUAUUGUUACUUUACUGUAGGGUAUGCAUUAACUUCACAUUAGUCUGUGGUGCUUGAUGCUUUUUACUGCUGAGGCUCUUGAGGAAAGCAGGACAGCAAACAUGGUGCUAUGCGAUUUACCAAGACAGUUGUGGGUUUAUUUGCCAAAUAAAGGGUUUUCUUUAAAUAUGCUGUAAAUUUAGGGUUAAAGGAAGAAUGAGCAAAAAAUGGUCAAAUGUUGUUAAGGAAAUCUAAUUUCAGGGAUUGUAGGAAUUGCCAAAUUUUUACGAUUUUUUUUUAAAUUGUUGUGAGUGGCAUCGCCUUAAAGUGUUCAAGUACCACAGUAUAUUAAAUUGCCAUAACUUGGCAUUGUGUUAUGAUGUAUUAAUAUGGGAGAAUGUUAGAUUAAGGGUGUUUUUAAAUAUUGUAGAUGUAUUUUAUGUUAAUGAAAUCUAGUAAUAUUACUAUCUGCACAUCAUUUAUUUGA